AUGGUGUCUUGUAAAUUUCCAGGUAGUGGUAAGCACUUCCUGUACGUCAACUCAUCUGGCUCCAAGGAAGGAUCCAUUGCCAGAGUUACUACCUCCAAAUCCUUCCCAGCAAGCCUCGGAAUGUGUACUGUUCGGUUCUGGUUCUACACGAUCGAUCCCAGGAGUAUGGGAAUAUUAAAGGUGUAUACCAUUGAAGAAUCGGGGCUAAACAUCCUGGUGUGGUCAGUUAUUGGAAAUAAAAGAACGGGAUGGACAUAUGGCUAUGUGCCUCUCUCCAGUAACAGUCCAUUUAAGGUGGCAUUUGAAGCUGAUUUGGAUGGCAAUGAGGACAUCUUUAUUGCUCUUGAUGACAUCUCUUUCACCCCAGAGUGUGUGACUGGAGGUCCUGUCCCAGCGCAGCCAUCACCCUGUGAAGCUGAUCAGUUUUCUUGUAUCUACACACUCCAAUGUGUCCCUCUCUCAGGGAAAUGUGAUGGACAUGAAGACUGCACAGAUGGAUCCGAUGAAAUGGAUUGUCCUCCCAGCCCCACCCCUCCACUCUGUAGUAACAUGGAGUUCCCAUGCUCUACAGAUGAGUGCAUCCCUUCCCUCCUGCUAUGCGAUGGAGUGCCUGACUGCCACUUCAAUGAAGAUGAACUCAUCUGCUCCAACAAGAGCUGUUCUAAUGGAGCUCUGGUAUGUGCCUCCUCUAAUAGCUGUAUCUCAGCCCACCAGCGCUGUGAUGGUUUUGCCGACUGCAUGGAUUUCCAGCUUGAUGAGUCCAGCUGCUCAGAAUGUCCAUUAAAUUACUGCAGAAAUGGUGGGACUUGUGUAGUGGAGAAAAAUGGUCCUAUGUGUCGAUGUGGACAAGGAUGGAAAGGAAAUCGAUGCCAUAUCAAGUUUAAUCCCCCUACUACAGACUUCACGUACGCUCAGAAUAAUACAUGGACUCUCCUGGGUAUUGGAUUAGCAUUCCUGAUGACUCUUAUCACAGUUGCGGUCUUGUGUUUUCUUGCAAACAGAAAAGUACCAGUAAGGAAAACCGAGGGAAGUGGUAACUGUGCCUUUGUCAAUCCAGUUUACGGGAACUGGAGCGACCCAGAGAAAACAGAGAGUUCUGUCUAUUCCUUCUCAAAUCCAUUAUAUGGCACAACAUCAGGAAGCCUGGACACCCUGUCACAUCAUCUCAAACAGCAGCAUCGAGACCAAGUCUGAUCCAAAAUGUGUAGUUGCUAGAAAAUUGAAGUCUCCACAAUCUAAUAGAAACUCAUCUUCUA